AUGCCGCCCAAGCAAUCCAGAACCGCCUCGAGCGCUGUGACCCUCCUCUUUAAGAAGCAUAAAACUACUGUGCUUCUGAUGCUCCAACCCCACGAAUCUCUCGACUUCACCAAAGAAAAGCUCCUGGAAGCUCUAAAAUCACGAGAAGUCAAAGACAUAAAUGGUGACCUUCUUCCUGACGACUCCUCCAACAUUGAGUUGGGCGAGCCAGUUGACAGAGCGGAUCCCGAAAAAGGCUGGAGGCGCCUCCAAACAGAGUCAGGGAAUAAGCCAGUAACUCUAAUGGAGGCGGGUCUUCAGAAUGGACAGUCAAUUGCCUUCCGCUUCCACAAAUCUAGUGAGGGUCAGAAUGACGGUCUUGAUAUGGACCUUGACGAUGAGGAUCCAGGCUGGGAUGUUGUCAUGCCGAUCUAUGAGGAGGAAGAGGAGGAGGAGGAGCAGGGAGAAUGA